GUUCUGUCGCGUUACUUCUCCCACCAGUUCCUGACAGCUUGGUCGAUUCACGAGUUUGCCUGGAUACACCCGCGUUUUCCCGGGCCUUUGCGCCGCGAUUUAUAUACAUAUUGGAUCACUCAAUCAUCGUAUUGCCACCAUCAGUGUCACAAGGCAUCAACAAGAGGUUCGAAAAGAGGAAAAAAAAAUAGUUAGUUACUCCGCGUAGGAGUGACACUAAUUGCAUCAUAAAAUUUAGAUCAACUUGUUUCUGAAACGUGAUAUUAUUAUUCAACUAUAUUUCAAAAUGAGCGAACAAAAUGACCAACUGAACUUAUCUGGGGAUGAACCUCGUACUAAUCUUAUUAUUAAUUAUCUACCCCAAAGUAUGACGGAAAAGGAAUUAUACAGUAUGUUUGUAACUAUCGGACCAGUUGAAUCUUGUCGAGUUAUGAAAGAUUACAAAACUGGAUACAGUUAUGGUUUUGGUUUUGUCAAUUAUGCAAAAGCAGAAGAUGCUGCUACUGCAAUAAAUACGCUCAACGGAUUACAAGUUCAAAAUAAACGAUUAAAAGUAUCGUUUGCAAGACCAUCCGGGGAAGAAAUUAAAGAAACAAAUCUUUAUGUCACGAAUCUUCCUAGAAAUGUUACGGAAAAUCAAAUUGAAGAUCUUUUCAAUAAAUUUGGACAAAUAGUACAGAAGAACAUAUUAAAAGACAAAUUAACCGGCUUACCUAGAGGAGUUGCUUUUGUUAGGUAUGAUAAACGCGAAGAAGCACAAGAAGCAAUUAAUCAUUUAAAUGGUACAAUACCCGAUGGAGGUUCAGAGCCACUGUGUGUUAAAAUCGCGGAAGAACACGGAAAACAAAAAGCAGCUUAUUACGCUGGGUGGCAGGCUGGAUACAAUCAAAGUCGUGGUGGAAGUAGCCGAGGUCGUGGAGCAGCAACUGGUGGAGCCGUAGCAACCGGAGUGACCGGAGUCGGAAGAGCAACCCCAAUUGGUGCUCGAGGUGGACACCACGGAAGCUUUAUCGGGAAUGGAGGCGGUGGUGGACCCGGUGCGAUGAGAAUGGAAAAAAUUCAUCCUCAUAGAUUCAACCCUAUAGGAAUGGGUGGUGGUUAUGUACAAUCGCACUUCUGGUGACCACAAAUGAAUGUUUUAAAUCUAUUACAAGUCAAUAAGUAACUAUUAAAAAUAUGACAAGCAGAUAAAAAAUUAACGAUGAUACUAAAAAGUGUUUCGGCAACGCCUCGGGUGUGGACGUUACCACACUAGUUGAUCCCAGUCGGAGUUAUUCUUCUUCAAUGGAGUAGCUAAAAUGUCGAUAAUCUUUAAUUUUAAUAGUUUUUAUUUUUUUUUCUUUUUUUUUUUAAGGGUGAAAUUAAUUUGCGAAUGUUUUAUGGCCACAUGUCGCAUCCAAAAUCUCCGUCCGAGAUGAAAGGAAAAUGUGCGUCGUGUGCAGUUUAGACAAUGUAUAAAAGAGAGUGCUUUAUUGUGAAACAAUGGCACCUUAAAUAAUUUAAAUUUAAAAUGACGUAAGAUUUAUUAAAAAGAAGAAAACGACGAGAUAAAUAUUUUAUGGAUUUUUUAAAAAUAUAAUUGUGAAUAACAAGUGCCAUUGUUAUUCAUUGUGAGUGCAGAGAAGAAAAAAAAAUUUUAAAUUAUAUCUCUAAGACUUUAAAUUAAAUAAAAUAACAAAAUGUUCUUUUGAAUAUUAAGAAAAUAGUUAGUUGAAAAUUGACUAUAGUCA